GCUAGGCUAUCAUUCCGAUGUCAACAGCAGUGAUGAGUAGCCUAAGCUUUUCGCAAUGCCAUAGACCUACGUAAAUAUGACUCCAUAAGGUCCGACAUUAUGAAACACAUAAUCUUCAGAAAUCUACUCGUAAGCUUCAUAACUACACAUCUUGAACGAGCAGCGAGCGCAUUCUCGACUGGCGAUGCGCGCGCGUUUGAAUGUCCUCAGCCUAGAAAACAUGGCACUUUUCACGUAGCGCUGCGCAGGAGGCACUCAGUGUAAGUUGGGCUAUCUUGCCAAAAAGUAGUAUGCCGUGCUGAUCCCAACACCACAGCCAAAUGGACGACAACCGUGGAAAAGACAACGCAGAAUAUGCUGCUGAAGAUAAAACAAUGUGUACAAGACGUGGCUUUGAAGGGUGGGUUACCACAAAAUCGAACGAAAGUGUAGUUGACCCAGGUGGGGAUGUCACAGGCAGAGGAUACAGCAGGGGCCGGGACCUGACCUCGGCGAGUGCAGAGAAACCUGCUGCUGCUGAAGACGUUGGGAGUGGGGUUAAAAAUUGCCCCUUUAGAAGACAUUACAAGCACAGGCCAAAAUCCAAGGAGCACAAACGUCUUAACACCCACAAAUUAGUUUUGCAUUAUAUAGGACCUUAUAUGAACACCUAUGGCCUCUGUAAGGUGGACAACUUUCUCGGGAACAAAAUUGGUGAUCGUAUUCUACAAGAAGUCAAAAACAUUCACCAUGGUGGGAAAAUGCAAGAUGGAGAAUUAGUUUGUCAGACUCAACGCAAAAACAAAUCCAUUCGAGGGGAUACAAUUACAUGGGUGGGGGGGAAUGAAGAAGGAUGCGAAAAUAUAGGGUUUCUUCUAACAAGAAUGGACAAGAUUAUCAUGCACGCCAACGGCAGACUGGGAAAUUACAAAAUUACAGGGAGACACAAGGCAAUGGUUGCCUGCUAUCCAGGAAAUGGCUCUGGUUAUGUGAAGCAUGUAGAUAACCCCAAUGGUGACGGCCGCUGUAUUACCUGUAUCUACUACCUGAAUAAAAACUGGAAUGCCAAGGAGCAUGGCGGAAUCCUGCGGAUCUUUCCAGAAGGCAAAUCCCACGUGGCAGACAUUGAGCCCCUGUUUGAUCGGCUGCUUCUAUUCUGGUCUGACCGCCGAAACCCUCACGAGGUCCAGCCAUCCUAUGCUCAAAGGUAUGCAAUCACUGUGUGGUAUUUUGACUCCGAAGAAAGGGCUGCAGCAAAAAGAAGAUUCAGAGACUUAACAGGCUCGUCUGGGCAGGACGGCAGCGCACCCUGAUCCACAGAUGCCGGUGUGGACUGAAGUGGCCACGUGUGCAACUGUUCUCUGGAUCAGAAAGUGGGGAAAGUCAGCGAGGGUCUUUGAGACCCUCAGUUUUCUUCCCCCAGUCUGUCCUGAUCUCUGUGCUCUGUCCCACCCCCAUUAUGGUACAAACACCUUCCUCCCCCAGGAAGCAAUGAAAAGAAUGACUCACAUACAUUUUCAAACAGGGUAUUCAUUUUUUUUGUUAUUAAUAGUAUACUUACUCUGCAAAAAGUGACUGGCACUUACUUUUUGUCUUGUAUGUAUUAGCAUGCCAUUCUUUUUAAUUUUACACUAAACAGUGAUAUCUAUUGGGAUUUAACAAAUUGAAACUGUAAGUUUUGCUUCAUGUCGAACCGUUCGAUUGAAGCUCUGAAAAAACAGAGCUGAUGAAACCUCCCUCUGAAUGACAAAUGGUCCACUGCACCUAAAAACAGCCUUGAAAAAUGUUCCAGUAAUGUAAUGUUUAUUUAUGAAGGACUUGAAGAGUACAUAAUGUCUAUUUUAAUGAAAUAGACCAUUAUUAAGGUCACAUUAAAUAACAUAACCAUGCUAUUCAGCUUUUUAUCAGUUAUUUGUUGACACCAAAGGAACACUAUUUAGAUUAAAGUGACUACUUUUAUUAAUGUUGAAUAAUUAUAUUUUGCAUCAACUCUGAGAUAAUGCCCUCUAUCUCCCGGAUUUUAACUUAUGUUUGUCCUGAUCUUGUUUGAUAUGUAAUAUGUAUAUCUAGUAUAAGCACUGCAAGUUUGUAAUGGCGUCUGUUAAUGCAGCCUGCAAAAUCAAAGUGUCAAAAUGACACGUAAGCAUUAGGAAAUAUUAAUACCGGUAUUGCCUAUUUGAUUUUGUUCUGUUGCUUUGUUUUUCUCACUGUCUGGCAGUGCAGUCCAUGACGAUUGUUGAUAAAUCACUGGUUUAUGUGACCAGCUCUGUUUACUGUUUACCUAAUUGACAUGAUUUGCCUACGUAGGGGUUAGAUAUUAUAAUCAUGUAAUCCCUCAGCCCUCCACUGUGUGUUACGGGAAGCUGUUGUCAUAACCACCACUGAUAUUGUUUAAAAUCUGUGUGUGUGUGUGUGUGUGUGUGUGUGUGUGAGAGAGAGAGAGAGAGAGACACUGCUUCCUACCGAUAUCGUCCAUAGUUGAUAAUGCACUGAGGCUCCAGGAGUCAGCUUGCAUGCAGGUCAGCAAUGCUGUGCUGGUGUUUGGCUUGUUUGGUGUUUGGGUGUUUUUCUGCGUUGGACAAAUAAAAGUAGUGUUUGGGAAA